AAAACCACAGUGCCGUCAGUUACAGAUCCUACAAAAACAUUUUCUCGACGAGAAAGGCUGAGAAAGUGCAAGAAACUAACGGAAAAUCCGUAUUUGCUUCUCUUUAAUCACUCGAGAAGGUCUAAAAACUUUGAUAUCUCACAUAUGCAUUACUCUCUCCUACACUCUGUUUUUGUAUUCCGGCCUUUCCCUAAAUCCACGUUUCUAGGGUUAGUUUUGUGCUGUGUUCUGUAGUUUUUCUUCGUUAACUCGAAGAUUUACACUAUUACGGUGCUGAGCGUAAUCUAUUUCCUGGGCCUAGGGUUUUCUAUCUCCCAGGGUUUUGAUUGCUUCUUUAGGUUUAACAUAUAUAUAUAUAUUUCUUAUACAUCUGCUUGGUACGCUUUGAUUCUGAACUUGUGUGGUUUCAUACCUUGAUUGAUUGAAACUGUUAGAAUAGAAACAAAAAAAUCAAGAUUGUUGCGAGUAGCAAUGAGAGCUGGAAGAGCGAGGAACAUUAGGAGUCGGUCACCACCCCGGGUGAGGAUUCGGGAGCGGUCGCCGCCUCGCGGUGAGUUCCGAGAACGGUAUUCGUCACCUCGCCGUGAACUCCGAGAAAGGAAUUCGCCGCCCAGACGUGAAUUUCGAGAACGGAAUAUGCGCUUUGUUUUGGGUUCAAGUUCAGUCCCUGUUGAGCCUGAGAGGUCGAGGAGGAUUUUGAGCGGCGAGCGCGGUGGUCGUUUGGAGGAAAGGAGAGAGUACGAGAGGCAGUUGGAUGGAGAUAGGGAAGGGCAACUGCGGAAACUUUCACAGUUUAACGAGGGUUUGUCGCAAGGGGAGUCGCCUUCCAUAAAGUUUCAGUGGAAGCUUUUACUGCCGGAACCUACAAAUUCGAAUGUCAAUGCGAACCCAGCCAUGAAGCCCGUCAAUGACUAUGGGGUUGGGAGUUCUAGAAUGAGUACUGAAAGGGGUUACCGGGGAAGUGGUUUUUCAGAUAUGGGCCCGCAUGGGUUGUUGCUAGAAAAACCCGCUUCUAUGGAAAAUGACAAGGCAAUAACUUCUUCCGCAUACCGUUUAGAUGUUGGUCUUGCUAAAAGAUCUACUCAUAUUGACAGCCGCUACUUGUUGCCACUGGAAAAUAAUGCCAUGCAUCUUGGCAAGGAUGAAGACCUCCGGUUCCGAGACCAUCACCUGCAUUCAGAUAGGCCAUCUGCGAGAGAAACUUAUAGGGUAGAAGAGAAACCCUUGCAUCACCGCAAAGGUGAUGACCUUUGGUACCGAGACCACCUCUAUUCAGAUAAGCCAUCUGCAAGAGAAAUGCAUAAGGGAGAAGAGAAGCCCUUGUUUUAUUUGAGGGAUACAUCACAAAGUAUGAUGCCAUCAUCCCAGUCCAAGACCUUUGCUCUGGGAUCUUCAGGCAUUGCUAAAGAUAGCUUCCGUGGAUCCUACAAUGACGACGUCACUCUUCCUUCAAGUGGACUCCGCAGGAGCAGUGGAAUGCCUGGUGAUCCAGUUGGUUGCGAUGGCUAUAGCCAAACAUCAUUUUAUAAAUCUUCUGCAAAUUCUGAAAUGCAACCAAAAGAUGUAGUGAACUACGGACGGAGUGAGCUUGGUCUCACUGAGGGAAAUGCCAGGGAUUUCAUUUACUCAGAACUAAGGCAAAGUGGGAGGAGUGAUCACGGCAUGCAGCCUGAUGAAUAUUACUGUAAAACAGGAAGUGUUAGAGAUGACUAUGCCAGUCGAAAUUCUUUAAGAACAGGCGUAGUGGAUCCUAUUGUAGACAGAAUUGAUGUCACUGAGAGCUCUCAUGCGGAGCAUCUAAGAGAGAGUAGGUCAUGGGAGCAGUAUCAUUCUUUUGAAGAACACCAAAUCCCCAGCUACCUUGAUGUCAAUGGGACAUCAAAUGCAAAUAAGCAAGAUGGUGAAGUUUUGGCUUCUAGAAGUACUUACCUCAAUGCUGGAGUAGAAGUAUAUCAAGACUCUGAAAACUCGCAUAUGAGAGAGGAUUUUGGUUUCAAACGAAAUGCUGGCCCUUGGUUAUAUGAAGAAAAAUUGAAGAGCUCAAAGAUGCAGGAGGGUGAUAGAUGCUUUUAUGGAAUUGAUAGUACCUCUCAACAGAGGUUGACAACAGAGGAGCUGCACAUGCAUGACCCAUCUGAAAAAAUGCUUACAAGAAGAAGUGUUAAAGACAAAAGAUUGGGUAAGCAUAAGCUCAUAAGAAAGUCAUUGAGUAGUCGAAAAUCCUCUCACAAGGUCCAUGUAUCAAGUGAUGGAAAUGAACAUUGGACACAAGCAGACAUGGGCUUCUUGUAUUCAUCAAAAAAGUCAGGGCGCUUUCAGUAUAAGAAGGCUGGAAAGAGGUUUAAUGAGGUAGCCAACCAUAGAAUAUCUGCAUCAGAUGAUUUGUUAUUAUCUCAUAAUAUCUCCAUAUCUGAGCAUAGGCAUAGAAUAAGACCUCCCAAACUUGCUUUUAGAGAUAUUAAGAAACGGCUGAAGCCUGCUCAGAAUUUUCAUACUGCACACCCAUCUAUUAGAAAAUACAAGCCACACAAAUUCCUCAGCAGACGUGUGGACAGUUCUCAUGGAAGUUCUCAUAUUGAUGAAGGUUCACCUGUGGAAAAAGAUAAGGUGAGCUUGGUAAAGAUUGAACCACCAGAAGGCUCUGAUGAUUUUAGGCAGAUGGUGCAUAAUGCAUUUCUGAAGUUUGUCAAACAGUUGAAUGAGAAUCCAGCUCAACGAAGAAAAUAUACAGAGCAACAAAAAGCUGGUAGUUUAAAGUGCAGCAUAUGCGGCAGCAAUUCUGAGGAGUUCAAUGACACGCAAAGCUUGGUGAUGCAUGCCUUUGUGUCUUCCAUGGCUGGGUUUAGAGCACAGCACUUAGGUUUACAUAAAGCACUCUGUUUGCUGAUGGGAUGGAACAGCGAAGUGGCUCCUAACAGCUUAUGGGUUUGUGAGGCAUUGCCUGAUACUGAGGCAUUUGCUCUGAAGGAGGACCUCAUUAUCUGGCCACCAGUAGUCAUCAUUCACAACGGUUCCAUAGAAAACACUGAUCCUGCUAAACGGAUGGUUGUAACCCCUGAAGUGCUCAAGGACCACAUUAGAGAAACAGGGUUUGGUGGAGCAAAUGCCAAGGUGUGCCGUGGGAAACCUGCAAAUCAGAGUGUCAUGGUGGUGACUUUCAGUGGCACCUUUUCCGGGUUGCAAGAAGCUGAGAGGCUUCACAGGUUUUAUGCUGAGAGCAAACACGGGAGAGCUGAGUUCCGACAGAUUGAUCCCAAAAGUGGAAAUGGCUGUGGCGGGGGAACACAAGAGGGGGCAGUUGAGAAGGUGGAGCAUGUAUUGUAUGGCUACUUGGGCCUUGCAGGGGACCUCGACAAAAUCGACUUUGAGACGAAGAAGCGAUGUGUGGUGAAGAGUAAGAAGGAUAUCCAGGCCAUAGCAGACGCCCCCAUUAGAACUGAAUGAAUAGGAAAGAUUGGGCACCUUUUUUGCUAUAUUUGUGAAUUACUGAUAAAAUAGUUUUACCAUCUGUUGAAAAUCACAUACUUGGCCCUACUUGCUCUGUUUCUUGUCCCUACUUGCUCUGUUUCUUGUUUAAGGAAGAUAGGUUUUUUGAGGUUUUUUGCUAUGGCUUUUUGAGCU